AGGGGAAGUAAACAGGAUCGAGAUGUGAUAUGUACACGCACCAGAUCUCCAUGAUGAAUACAUUUAUGAUGUGUCACAAAUAUAUUAUUAAGGCCUGAUGUGAUGGCACUCACCAGUUUCCCAGCCUGAGGCAGGAGGAUCACCAUGAGUUUGAGGCCAGUCUGGGCAACCUAGUGAGACCCUGAGUAGGGAAAUAAAAGGGGGAAAAAUCUUGAUUUCUUCAUUGUUAGAAUAGAAUCAUACCUGUUCAAUGAUCUAUUUAUUGAUUAUAUCAUCUUUUUACUUUUAGCUUUGUGUACCAGGGAUGGUGCUGAGGGCUGAGUCCUGGGGGGUAAGGAACAGAAGAGAAGAAAUAGGGGUUUAAAGAUCAUUUGAAGGCCCAGAAGGGUUUAUGUAAGAGGUAGGAUUUGGACACACUCAUGAAGACUGGACGAAUGAGAGUAAGAGGGGAGAUGAGCCCAUUCAUGAUGGGUGUUCAGGGUGAAGACGAGGAAGUAGACCCAGGAGAACGGAAAAGCAUGGCAUGUAUGCUGGAGAGGAGGUAGGAACUGAACUGUGGUACCAACAUGAGGGGCUGGCUGAAGUGAAGGGGGGCAGCAAGCCAUAAAGAGAUCCACCCGAGAAGGCAAAAUAGAGCCUCACGAUACCUUACUCUUUUUUCUGUUGCUCUGAGAAAAUAUCUGAGGUGGAGACUUUGUAAAGUAAAGGGGUUUACUUAGCUCACAAUUUUAGAGGCUGAUAGUUCAAGACCAGGCAGUACCAUCUGUUCAGCCUUUGUUGAUGGCUCCCUAUGGUACAAGAGGAGAAAUGGAAUCUGCAACAUGCCGAAAGGGCCCAAACAUGGAGAAGGCUUUGUUUUAUAACAACCUGCUUUCUUAAGAACUAGCUCAUUCUGAAAGACCAGCAUUAAUCUGUUCUAAGGGUGGUGCCUGCAUGAUCUAAUUACCCUCCACUAGGCUCCACUCUUCAAAGGCUCUGCCUCUUCUCAACAUGGCCACUUGGGGACUAAGCUCUCAACAUAUAAAUGUAUGAGGGACACACUCAAACCAGAUCCAAACCAUGCAUGUCCAGAUAGAUGACUGAGUGCUAAGCUCUGAUGAUCUUCUGAAACAAGCAGCAUGGACUUGUCAGGAAGGUCAUUGUGGAGCCUGGGGUUUAAUUGAAAUAAAGGUGGCCACCUUGGCUUGGUGAGGUUCAGCUCAAUUCCAACUGCUUGGCUCACAGUCUGGUGCUUGCACAUAUGUCUGUCAGAAUACUUUCUAAAGCUUUCAUUUGUGGCUCAGGAAGCCUAGGGCUGCUUUUUUUCCAGGCAACUCUUGGUCUGGAAUGUGACUGUGUGAAUUUUUCUUCAAAUGUGAGUGUUACUAGGAUUAAGGAUGCAGCACCAGUCAAAACUUGAAGGUCUAGAAGCUCCCUGUAGAGUCACCAUUAGAGGACAACAUUAGAAGACUGAAGAAACUGGAGACACUUCCAAGACAACAUUGAAAACUGGGGCUCUUCUGAAACAGGAACACUUCUUUCUUUCCCUUUUUAUUUUGUCCAGGAUAUAAGCCUAUUGGUUGAUGCACAUCUAAGAAAAGGAAACGAAAAAAGAAAAAAAAUACAUGGAGAUUAAAAAAAAAGGGUAGAAAUAAUACUAAAUUACAGACAAACAAAAGUUCCGAGAGAAAUACGGAGAUGUGUUCACUGUGCACCUGGGGCCAAGGCCUGCGGUCAUGCUGUGUGGGGCAGAGACCAUACGGGAAGCCUUGGUGGACCAAGCUGAUUCUUUCUCUGGCCGGGGGAUGAUUGCUACCAUAGAAUCUACCUUCCAGGGAUAUGGUGUGGUCUUUGCCAAUGGGGACCGCUGGAAGGCCCUUCGGAGAUUCUCUUUGGCCACCAUGAGGGACUUUGGGAUGGGAAAGCGGACUGUGGAGGAGCGGAUUCAGGAGGAGGCUCAGUGUCUGGUGGAGGAGAUGAAGAAAUCCAAGGGAGACCUUCUGGACCCCUUGUUCUUCUUCCAGUCUGCUACUGCCAACAUCAUCUGCUCUAUUGUGUUUGGAGAACGCUUUGACUACAAAGAUCAGCAGUUCCUGAGGCUGCUGGACCUGUUCUAUCAGUCCUUUGCACUUAUCAGCUCCCUAUCCAGUCAGAUGUUUGAGCUCUUCUACAGUGUCCUGAAAUAUUUUCCUGGCACACACAGUGUAAUCUACAAAAACCUGCAGGAAAUUAACAGCUUCAUUGGCCGCAGUGUGGAGAAACACCGUGAAACCCUGGACCCCAGCAACCCCAGAGACUUCAUUGAUACUUUCCUGCUGCGCAUGGACAAAGAAAAGUCUAACUCACACACUGAGUUCCACCACAAGAACCUCAUCCUGACCUCGCUUUCCCUCUUCUUUGCUGGCACGGAGACCACCAGCACAACUCUCCGCUAUGGCUUCCUGUUUUUGCUCAAAUACCCCCAUGUCACAGAAAGAGUCCAAAAGGAAAUUGAACAGGUGAUUGGCUCACACCGCCAGCCAGCCUUGGAUGAUCGAUCCAAAAUGCCAUACACUGAGGCUGUCAUCUGUGAGAUUCAGAGAUUUGCGGACCUGCUCCCCAUUGGUGUGCCCCACAUGGUCACCAAAGACACCCACUUCCGAGGGUUCUUUAUCCCUAAGGGCACUGAAGUAUACCCACUCCUGUCCACUGCUCUUCAUGAUCCACGUCACUUUGAAAAGCCAGACUCCUUUAACCCUGACCACUUUCUGGAUGCUAAGGGGACACUGAAGAAGAAUGAAGCUUUUGUUCCCUUCUCCAUAGGGAAGCGUAUCUGUCUUGGAGAAGGUAUUGCCCGUGCAGAAUUGUUUCUCUUCUUCACCACUAUCCUUCAGAACUUCUCCAUAUCGAGUCCAGUGGCUCCGGAGGACAUUGAUUUCACACCCCAGGAGCUUGGUAUUGGCAGAGUGCCCCCAACAUACCAGAUUUCCUUUCUGCCUCGCACAAUAGACUCAAGAGAGAAAUAAAGACCACAGGGUUAUUCAGUGCCCUGACUCUAGAGAAAGGUCCUUCACGUCCUGCACCUGAGAAACCUGUUGUAAACCAGCAUCCUUCCCCUUACCUGACUCCUUGCAAAACUUUUUGUUGUAGGCUUCUUUGCACACUGUUGCAGUCCUUCUGAUGUUCUGUGUUGUAUUCCUUCCUCAUGUGAAUAGAGAUGCCAACAUUAUUACUGCAUCAACAAUAAUCACACCCUUUAUUCAGUGUGUAUAAAGAAGUCAGGAGUUAAAAGAGACAACAUGGCUCAAGGUCAUUCUGAAGUGCUGCUUCCCAGGAUACGGCUCAUGCUGAGUGAGUUUGUCCUUGCCCAAAACAGUCACUCUGCGUUUGUCAACUCCUUUUGCUCCAUGUUUUGUAAUAGAGGUUCUAUGUAGAAAUUCCCCUCUCAGUGGCCCCAGGUGAUGGGUGCAGGGGUCAUGCCCAUGCUGUGGAUGAAUAACAGAGGUCAAGGAAUGACAACAGCCGCCUGAGAUCAUGAUGCCAUGAGUGGAGGAGCAGAUUCAUACUGUAAAUCUCAAAUGCUUCAUGACAGCAUAGUUAAAAGAUCAAAUUCAAGUAAGAUAAAAUGGCCCAUUGUAUAGUGUACAGUUCAGUGCUGCUAUCUAGUUUGUUAACAAAGUUGCACCUAUAUCACUAUCUAGUUUCAGAAAUUAUUUGUCAUUUUCCCCAAAAGCCAUGUACUUAUUAAUUAGCCACUCCCUGAUCUCCUAACCCCAGCCCCUGCAAAUACCAAUCUGAUUUCUUUCUCACUGGAUUUCCUUCUGGUCUGUUGGAUAUUUCAUAUAAAUACAUUUAUUCAAAAUGUG